AUAUUAUAUUACAAAUAUACAAUAAAAAUAUACAAUCCGUGAUGCUCUCAGAAUGACACUAUAGCUUAAAGAUGUAGGAAUAGAAUUUAAAUAGAAUGUAGAAUGCAAUUUGUCCGAGUAGCAAUAGGCUUCUCACUUAUGUAGCAUUCUUUGUUAGAGAACUUGUGAGUUAUGUGCAACGAUUCUGCUAACACUUUUUACUGCAAUUGUUUUCGAUGCUGGCAAUUAAUAUACGUUGCGUCCGACAAUUCCUCGUUGGGGAAUCCUAAUCCUCCGUAAAUUCCUGACAUAGUCAGACAUUUCCACGAGCUUUGAGCGAGAGAGUUAGUCACGAUAUAAUCCUGUCCGACUUGGACAGGAAAUACAAUGGUGGGGUGUCGGUUCUCGUGUCUUAAAAGUCUGUAUGAGCUAUAUGAAAAAGUCAGUAUUCAAUUAAUCCUCGCAAUCGGUACUUCGAUAAAUAUGUUAUUAUUAGAUUAAUGUUUAUCGCUGUCGCGUCAAUCGGCAUUGAUGACAAAAUACUGAAAAACGAUUGCUGAUAUUGAAAAAGAUAUUAUUAUUAACAUUCGAUUAACAUCAUUAUAGAAAUAUUUGUAAAUUAAUUCACUUUAUUAUUGUGGAAGAAGUUUUACCUUUUACAUAAAAAUUGACUCCAAACCUAUAAUAAUAUUACAUUUUGAAAUUAACUGCUCGCAACAUGGUAUCACCUGGUAUUUUUGCCAAUACUUUGUCGAUUCUUUUAAUUAUCUGUUUAAAUGCAAUUGUGAUUGCGAAUUGUGCCAAGCCAGAUCUUAAAUUAGUUAAUGUGGUAUUCAGACACGGCGAUCGGACGCCUAACAGUGAUCGCGAAAUGUUUCCCAACGAUCCACAUCUGAAUUAUUCCUUCUAUCCGACUGGUCUUGGACAACUGACUCUCAAUGGCAAGAAACGCGAAUACAAAUUGGGACAAGUCUUGCGCAAGAGAUACAACACCUUUCUCGGUAGUUUAUACAGACCGAGAAUCGUCGUAGCUCGCAGUUCGGAUUUUGAUAGAACGAAGAUGUCUCUGCAACUUGUCCUCGCUGCUUUGUUCCCGCCGAAAGGUAUUCAACAAUGGGAUCGUCUUUUAAAUUGGCAACCCAUACCGACGUCAUACAUACCACGUGUCGACGAUAAUCUCUUUCUGACUGACGAAUGUCCACAAUACCUGAAUGAAUACAAUCGAGUAUUGAACUUGCCUCAAAUAAAAGCUAAAAUCAAUGGAUUCAGCGACUUCAUGAGUGAUUUAACGAGGCUGACCGGUAAAAAGAUUGAGACAACCUUAGAUAUGUUUCUCCUGUAUCAUACUUUCGUAGCGGAAUCGUCGUUGGGUUUAAGUCUGCCCAAAUGGGCGUACGAUUACUUCCCUCAUGGUCGAUUGUUGGAUGGAGUCGUGGCCGAAUAUGAUAUCACCAAUUUUACGCCCUUAUUAAGAAGGCUGUAUGCUGGCCCGAUGAUUCGCUCUAUGACAGACAAUAUGAUAGCUGCACAAAAUCUAAAUGCGCCAGACGCGAAGAUCUAUCUGUAUAGUGGUCACGAAACCAACAUCGCAUCGUUGUUGCAUGCGUUUAACGUAUACGUACAGGAACCACAUGUUCCUGAAUAUUCUAGUGCCAUUAUUUUGGAAUUAUAUCAGAUCGAUGAAGAGCAUUACGUGAAGCUUUUAUAUUAUCGAGGCAUUCCACCGAUUAUCAAGGAGCUCAGAAUCCCGGGUUGCGAAGUGUUCUGUCCUUUCGAGAAAUACUUGGAUUUGAUUGAAAAACUGAUUCCGUCCGAUAACGAGAUGGUUUGCGACAAAAGACAAACGCCGGAUUUCGUCGGCGUAGAAUAUCCUGCUGGCCUGCAAAAAACGAUGUAUAAUUUAAUAAAAAUGUCAACGAGCAACAAGGAUAGGUUGCAAUUACAUUACAUUAUCACCUUAGGAACCGCCAACAUGUUCUUAUUUCGCGUUCUUGACAGUUAUCUGUCAAUUCUUUUAGUUAUCAGUUUAAAUGGAAUUUUAGUUCUAGCUGUAGAACCUGAACUAAAAUUAGUGAAUGUGGUAUUUAGACAUGGGGAUCGAACACCUGAUAAUAAUGGUCAUGAGCUGUAUCCUACCGAUCCGUAUCUCAAUUAUUCUUUUUAUCCAACGGGACUUGGACAGUUGACUCUCGCCGGUAAGAUGCGCGAAUAUACAUUGGGACAAGUCCUACGCGAUAGAUAUAACAAAUUUCUGGGCGAUGUAUACGUGCCAAACGAAGCCUUAGGUCACAGUUCAAAUUACGAUAGAACGAAGAUGUCUCUACAACUUGUUCUCGCCGGUUUGUUCCCGCCAGUCGACAAGUUACAGCGAUGGAAUCCUAAUUUAAACUGGCAACCAAUUCCAGCUACGUAUGUGCCACGUGUCGAUGACAAUUUUUUCUUAGCCGAUGAAUGCCCACAAUAUCUGAAUGAGUAUAAUCGAGUAUUAAAUAUGCCUGAAACGAAAGCUGUAAUGAAUCGAUAUGCGGAAAUGAAAAGCAAUUUGACAAAACUUACCGGUCGAAACGUCGAAACAUUUUUGAAUAUGUAUUAUCUGUAUCACACUUUAAUGGCGGAAAAGUCUCUGGGUUUAAAACUUCCCGAAUGGACACGCGAUUACUUUCCCGACGGUCUAUUAUUUAAUGCAACCGUAGCAGCGUACAACGUCGCCAGUGCUACUCCUUUAUUAAAAAGAUUAUAUUCCGGGCCAAUAAUUCGUACCUUCCUGGAUAACAUGAUGGCUACGCAAAAUCGUCUCAAGCCGACGAAGAUAUAUUUAUAUGGUGGCCACGAAACCAAUGUCGCGGCGCUGUUACACGCCUUCGACGUAUAUAAGCCACAUGUACCUCACUAUUCUAGCGCAGUCAUUUUAGAAUUGCUGCAACAAGAUAAGCAAUAUUACGUGAAGCUUCUACAUUAUCUGGGUAUUCCGCCAGUCGUUGAAGAGCUUAAAAUGCCAAAUUGCGAAAUACUGUGUCCCUUUAAUAAGUUUAUGGAUAUAAUUCAAGUUUUACUCCCGUCCGACGAGGAAUUGGCCUGCGACAAGAGGCAAACUCCUGAUUACGCCGGCACGAAAUAUCCCUCAGCUUUGCAAACUAUGAUACAGAAUUUACUUAAACAAUCAGCAAGUGGCAAUAAUAGACGACGAUAAUGAUGACUAAAAAAAUGCAUAUAUUUAUUGUGAAUGUGUACUAUAAAAAAAAAUUGUAAUUGGAGCCAAUAUAAUUCAAUCUCGAUAUAG